AUGUUGCCUUCAGUCUCUUUCCUCUUGGCACUCUGCCCCCUCUUGGCCCUCGCCGCACCCUCACCUUCUCCUUUUGAGCAUGAAAAGAGAGCCAUCACGUGUCUCAGGGUUGGAUCGACUGCUACGGCCAGUUGGACAAACAGCGCCGGCCAGACAUGCACAUUCACAGGCGUAGUCGGAAGCAACUAUGGUGCCAACCUCGCGGGCUCGGGAGACUACUCAUGUAACGGUCGUUGCGGUGCUGGCUGCUCGGGGGCCGCUUUGGGCAACGUCUACACGCAGGACUGCUUCUCACACGACAUCUGCUCGUACUUCAACAGCGCGAGUGGCGGUGCCAGUGACCCCGACUGCGGUGCGGCAUACAACGCCGCUGUCGAUGAUACAGCUCUCGGGGCCGUCAACGGCUGUGGGCAGACUAACCCGUCCAACUCUGUGUCUAAGCCUUCAACGAGGCCUACCUGCAGAUGA